CAAUCUGAUGGUUAACGCCUAUAUCUAAGUUCGUCUGUACUUCGUAUCUUUUUUAUCUUUUUUUUGCCGCUGGUUCUAUUCCAAUUUUAUUUGGAUGCAACUUUUUGUAAGUUUCAAUUUCGAAACCAAACAAUAAAAACGGCAAAAUGACUGACCGUCGAGCUGAACUUGAAAAAAAGAAGCUUAAACUUCAACAGCUUCGUGAAUUAAAAGAACAACGACGCAAUGAUAAAUAUCGUGAUCGUGAUUUCAUGUCCGAUCUUGGACUUGGUCAACAUCAGACAAAUAGAACGAUAAUGUCAGCAUCAUCAACUAUGAUGACCAAUAUUAUCAAUAAUAAUCCUACAAAUGUAAAUAAUAAUAGUUUGAAUAAUAAUAAUAACAAUUCAAUGUCAUCAUCAUUAACAUCCAUUCCCGGAGAUUCAACCACUCGAGACGUUGAUGAACUGCUCGAAUCGGUCGGUAUUAUGACGAAUAAAGGUAGCGCGGUAUCAUUAUCCAACCAUAAUCAAAAUCAACAACAACAACAAUCGACGCCUAACGAUAUGACUAUAUCGGAAGAUGCUUCAUCACUUUCGUCAUCUGUCGCAUCGAACCAAACGAAAACGUUGGGCUCAAAUUCAUCUGUGAAACUUGGCCUAGCAUCAUUCCCACCGGUUUUGAUCGCUCCCAAAGAGCAGGUAACCUAUGAAAAACAGACGCAAACGACUGCAACAUCUACUACCAGUAAUAAUGGUUCGACUGGAUCGACCGGCAAUGAUGGUCGCGGUGGUCCUGUUGAUUACUAUGUAAUUCAUUGGGAUGAAGAAUGGGACGACGAAUUUCAUGUUCUGACAUAUGAUGAUAUUGGCAAUGAAGAUGAUGGUGAUACUGGUUCCGGAAUUUUUACGAAUGGAGCGCCGGCACAUCAAAAUCAGCAUGGUCAUCAUCAACAUCCACAACAGCAAUCGAAACAAGCAAAAUCGUCUCUGCCUACCGUUGAAAUGGUUCGACCAGCAACAACACCUCAAGACUUACAUCAUCAUUUGCAUCAUCAUCAUCUUCACCAUCAUCAUUCAACACAGCCAUUAGCCGAUCUUGUUGAUAUGCAACAGGAAGAACAGCAACAACAAAAGAAAAAGAAGCGUGUAGAAUACAAAGAAGAAGAGCGGCGUCAUUUAAUGCAAACUGAAGCAUUUCGAAAAUUUCUUGAUCGAGCUGUUCGCAUUACAGAACGUGCACUUUCCUGUACCGAUUCGAUGGAUAUAUUCGUUGAUUACACUGGUCAAGUGGAAUGUGGCCACGAUAAUGAAGACAAAAGUGGCUUACGUUUAAGUUUGAACACAACCUUUUCGGAUGAUCGAUGGAGCCGUGGACGUACUGUAACAAGUUUUGAUUGGUGUUCGCAAUUUCCAGAAUUGCUAGUCGCUUCAUAUAAUCAAAAUGAGCAUGCUCCAAACGAACCUGAUGGGAUAUGUUUGGUUUGGAACAUGAAAUUCAAGAAAAAUACACCCGAAUAUGUAUUUCAUUGUCAAUCGGCCGUCAUGUCAGCAUGUUUUGCUAAGUUUCAUCCCAAUUUAAUUCUUGGUGGUACAUAUUCCGGCCAAAUCGUACUCUGGGAUAAUCGUUCCGGGAAACGUGUUCCUGUUCAACGUAGCCCUUUAUCGGCUUCCGUACACACUCAUCCUGUUUAUUGUUUGAAAGUUGUUGGUACGCCUAAUUCUCAUAAUUUAAUUUCAAUAUCAAACGAUGGCAAACUUUGUUCGUGGAGUUUGGACAUGUUAUCGCAACCACAAGAAACAAUGGAACUUUGUCAGCAAAAGCAAUCCCGUUUGAUUGCCGUCACAUCAAUGUCAUUUCCACAUGCUGAUUACAAUAAUUUUAUACUGGGUAGCCAGGACGGUGCUGUUUAUUCGGCCUGCAGACAUGGUGCUAAAGCUGGUAUAUUAGAUGUGUUCGAAGGACACCAAGGUCCGGUAACUGCUGUUGAUUUUCACAGCGCUACCUCGCUGGUACAUCAUCAAGUAGAUCAACAGCUAUCGCAUCUUUUUCUUACGGCAUCUUUCGAUUGGACUUUCAAACUGUGGAGUAUGCGUGAUAAUUCCACAUCCUCAAAAUUGUUGUAUUCAUUCGAAGAUGGUAGCGAUUACUUGUAUGAUGUUAGAUGGUCGCCUAUUCAUCCAGCAUUGUUUGCGACAGCCGAUGGCCUUGGUAAACUCGAUCUUUGGAACUUGAAUCAGGAUACAGAAUUACCUACAUUAUCAACAAUUGUCGAAGGUAAUCCUGCUCUGAAUAGAUUAAUAUGGUCUCCAAAUGGACAACAAAUUGUUGUGGGCGAUGAUAAUGGAAAAAUUUGGGUCUAUGAUGUGAGCGAGCAAUUGGCAUUUCCCAAAAGUGAUGAAUGGACACGAUUCGCUCAUACAUUGCAAGAAUUUACGAAUAAUAAUGUCGAUAUCUAGAUUUAAAAAAUGCGAUGCAAGAAAUCUAGAUU